AACUAUAAAAUUAAUUUUAUAGUUCAGUUUAAAGGAGGCAACUUGUUUUGCAUCAAACAUUUCAGAUUAGAGACCGAUCAAAAUUGUUGCCAUCUUUCAUCGUGUUUUUAAAAACAUAAACAAAUAAGAAAUAAAUUGAAAAUCUUCAGAAACAUUAAUCAAAAAUGAAGGAACCAGGAAGCCUCAUAAGAAUAAAAAAGUUUAGUGAUUCAGAAAAUGAAAACGAUGAAGAAAUUAUGUUGGAACAAGAAUCCAAUCAAGAGGAUGACAAUAAUGAAAUCUCUGAGAACCUAACAGCAAAUAAAUUAAAACCUUCAUCUUUAUCAUCGAAAGAAUUACAAAAGUCUAAGAAGCGUAAAAAGGGAAUAAUUUUCAUCAGCAAUAUUCCAAAAAAUAUGAAUGUUGCAAUAUGUCGAGAGCUUAUGGAAAAGUUUGGGGAAGUUGGAAGGAUUUUCCUUCAACCGGAUAAGAAAGGAAUGACGAAAAAAGCAAAUAACAAGAAAAAGAAUGUAGUCUUCACCGAAGGUUGGGUUGAAUUUGAAAAGAAAAGAAUAGCGAAAUGGGUUGCGGGAAAUAUCAACACAACUCCUAUUUCAAAUAAGAAAGGAUCGCCGUUUUGUGACAUACUUUGGAAUCUUAAAUACCUUCCAGGAUUUAAAUGGAUUCAUUUAAGUGAAAGGCUUACUUACGAGCGUGCUGUUUACACACAAAAACUUAAUAUCGCAACUUCUCAAGCUAGAAAAGAAGCAAACUUUUUCCAGAAUAAUCUCGACAAAAGUGAAAAAUUUAAGAAAAGGAUGAAAGGAAAAUUAAAUAAAAAGAUUUAGGAUAUUUGGU